AUGCUCACGAGGGUGAAGUCCGCCGUGGCCAAUUUCAUGGGCGGCAUCAUGGCUGGCAGCGCGGGCGCCGACCACGGCAGCGGCGCGGACUUGCCCCUCCGCUUCCCCUACGGGAGACCCGAGUUCUUGGGACUGUCCCCGGACGAGGUGGAGUGCUCCGCCGACCACAUCGCCCGCCCCAUCCUCAUCCUGAGCAAGGACACCCGGCGCCUGCCCUGGACCACGGGCUACGCGGAGGUAAUAAAUGCAGGGAAGAGCACGCACAAUGAAGAUCAAGCCAGCUGUGAAGUCCUCUUUGUCAGGAAAAAAGCUGGAGGCAGUAAUUCUACACCAAACAAGAACUCUUCAACAAAACGGAGGUCAUCACUGCCCAAUGGAGAAGGUCUCCAGCUGAAAGACAAUUCAGACACAGAUGGGAUCAACCUAUACUACUGGUCUCUGUUUGAUGGACACGCUGGGUCAGGGGCAGCUGUGGUUGCUUCCAAACUGCUGCAGCACCAUAUUCUGGAGCAGCUGCAGGAGAUCGUGGACAUCCUGAAGAACACAGCUGUCCUCCCGCCCACAUGCCUGGGAGAGGAGCCUGACAACCCAUCCACCAACAGCAGGACACUGACACGGGCAGCCUCCCUGCGCGGUGGUGUGGGAGCCCCAGGCUCACCAAGCACGCCUCCAACACGCUUCUUCACUGAGAAGAAGAUCCCACAUGAGUGCCUGGUUAUUGGGGCCAUAGAAAGUGCAUUCAAGGAAAUGGAUUUACAAAUAGAGAGAGAGAGGACCGUGUAUAACAUUUCUGGCGGCUGCACAGCCCUGGUGGUGGUGUAUUUAUUGGGGAAGCUUUAUGUGGCAAAUGCUGGUGAUAGCAGAGCUAUAAUAAUCCGAAAUGGCGAAGUCAUUCCAAUGUCUUCAGAAUUCACUCCAGAGACUGAACGCCAGCGACUUCAGUAUCUGGCUUACAUGCAGCCUCACUUGCUGGGAAAUGAAUUCACACAUUUAGAGUUUCCACGGAGGGUGCAGCGCAAGGAAGUUGGAAAGAGGAUGCUGUACCGUGACUUCAACAUGACUGGCUGGGCAUACAAAACCAUUGAGGAAGAUGACUUGAAGUUUCCCCUAAUAUAUGGAGAAGGCAAGAAGGCUCGGGUUAUGGCAACAAUUGGAGUGACCCGAGGACUGGGAGACCAUGACCUGAAAGUGCAUGACUCCAAUAUAUACAUCAAACCUUUCCUGUCCUCAUCUCCUGAGGUGCGAGUCUAUGACCUCCUGCAGUAUGAGCAUGGGCCUGAUGAUGUUCUGAUCCUAGCUACUGACGGGCUCUGGGAUGUGCUGUUAAAUGAAGAAGUGGCAGAAGCUGUCACUAACUUUCUACCAAACUGUGACCCUGAUGAUCCCCACAGGUACACGCUGGCGGCGCAGGACCUCGUGAUGCGAGCCAGGGGAGUGCUGAAGGACCGGGGCUGGCGGAUAUCCAACGACAGGCUGGGCUCUGGAGACGACAUCUCCGUCUACGUCAUCCCUUUGAUACAUGGGAACAAACAGUCGUGAAAGGAGCACCAAGGGUGGUUAUAGGAUGGGGAUCUUUUUGGGAAAGGCCUGUAAGAGACAAUAGGUUUUUGGUGGUCUGACCAGGACACUUUAAUUGUUGUAAUCUAGUCAAAACUAAUGCUGGAGGGGUAUUUUUCUGCCCAAAAGGUAGGGCUCUGCACAUAUACUGUAUAUGAUUAAAGAUAACCCUUAAGAUUCCAAUUUCCCUACAGAAAUGGUUUUGGUGCUUAACAGGAAUGGGAUUUAAAUGCUGCUAGCAUAUUAUGGAUUCUGUCAUCCCUCUAGGUGGGGUGGGGAAUUAAUUUUUUUCUCAGUUUACCAUGUA